UCCUGCGUAUGCAUGUAUGCGACCGACGGGCUGGUUUCAUAACGUGAGGAGGAAGAGAGGAAUGGGACUUUGAGCACGGAUGAACGCCAAACCCCGCUAGGCUGUGUGCGCCAACAGCGUUAUCUUUAUUCCCGGACCAUGCAGAAGGUGCACUGAGGGAGAUGCGGUAGUGGAGGCUGCUGAUGCUGCUGGCAAAUCAGCUGUUAGGCCUAUUUGUGUCUUGAGCAUCAUCGCCGCGACGGCCGAAGAGACAGAAACACCAGGGACACCGCAGACCGGAUAACGGAGGAUGGAGUUCAAGCAUCUGGUGGAGGCGGCGGAGAAGUGGUGCUCCGGUAACCCUUUCGACCUCAUAUUCGCCGAGGAAGACGACGAGAGGCGGCUGGACUUUUACGCAGAGCCCGGCGUCUCCUUCUACGUGUUAUGUCCCGGCGGCACCGACACUUUUCAUGUGUGGAGCGAGAGCGAGGACUGCCUUCCCUUCCUCCAGCUGGCCCAGGACUACAUCUCCUCCUGCGGGAAGAAGACUCUGCUUGAGGUGCUGGAGAAAGUCUUCACGUCCUUCAGGCCUCUGCUGGGUCUCCCAGAUAUAGAAGACGACAGUUUUGAGCAUUACCACGCUGACAUGGAGGGAGAACCCGGGCCCGACCACCAGCAGAUGGGGGUCAGCCAGCAGUGAUAAUCCCAGAGGAGAAGCUCAAGCUGGGGCUAGAGCUGCUCCAAAGCCCCAGGCCUCAACACAUUAGCCCAAUCACUUGAUGACAAACCUUCAUACAUACUUAAAGUGAUCUUGCUUUAAAAAAAAAAAAAAGAAAAAAAAGAAAAAGAAAAGAAAAAAAUGCACCGCCAUGUUCUUGAAUGUCUCAGUGGCUUUGCUUCCCAAGGAGUGCACGCUGUUGAACUUUUUUAAACCCCCCCAAGCAAACAAGCAAACAAGUAAAUAAAAUAAACACACUUACACGUACAUUUUGGGGCUAGGUGAGCUGUAGCCAUGUACAAUGCAAGUAUCUU